CCCCUGUCUACAAGUGCAUUGGCGCCCGGGCUAUGAAUGAAGGAGAAGGCAGCUACCACCUGCUGAUGAAAGAUAUCCCCGACCACCUAUCAGUCGGUGACGUCAUUGUCAGUAACCACAGCAACGGGAUAUUGGAGCAGGUUUUCCAGCAGACAAGAACACCUUACGGAGUCUUCAUACAGACCCGGCUGCAUGACUGCUUUACAAAUUUUACCUUCCGGGAGGACCUGAAGACAACGGACGGAGCAACCCUACCUGAGUCCCUGCCGUGUUCGGGCGGACCGGACGGGGCACACGGGCUGCUCAUCGUAGACGCGGCAGGACAGGAAGUGGACCUGGAGACUGGCGACGUGGUGGUAGGAAGGAGGAGUGGCAGGUUUCUGGCAAAAGUCUACCAUGAAAAUGCCACCAAGAAGACGACGACGUGA